ACCAAAAUACGAAAAAUGGAAACUGGGUAGACUAACUUUUAGGUGUUCAUCUUUGUAUGAUGUUCCUCAGGUUAAGUUAACUCAAGGAAGUACAGGGUAGGUACUAUACAAACAACGUUGAUAAUAUUUUACGAAUGAGAGAUCAAACCUACUGUUAUUAUCGGAGACUAGCGGGAUGAGGAAGUACGAUUACAAAACGAAAAAAUGUUCAACACCAUGUAGAAUCAGAUGUUAAAGGGAGAUAACUUUUUUCUGGCAUAAAAUGUUAGAACUAGAGGAGUGAUGAUGAAAUACUAUGGGCAAUGGCGACAGAUGACUUCCAUGUGAUCUUGAAUGACCUUGAGGUAGAUGCAAGGCCAUUGUAUGGUUCAGAGAUGGAUACAAAUGAUCUGCGUGAAAGGCCUCAUGUUCUUCCCCCAGACAACAUUAUGACCAAGUUGGAGGCCUCCAAAGUAUCAAAUUCUAAGCUUUGGCGAAAAAAAUCUGGUGAUGUUGAUCUUGACUUCCUGAAAUCAUUAUGGAAUUUUUCGUCAGUUUCUGUGCCGGUAAGACUUGAAUCGCGAGUUUCUGUGGACGGAGAGAAAAAAUCUGUUUCUGAAAAUCUGAGUGAAGAAGAGGAUGAAAGUUUCCAGAAUGAUUUAAAUUAUGGGAACAGGGGACCAAAUGGGAUGUAUUCAUCUGCUACAGGGAUAAAGGGAAAGAACUCUGUUAGUUGGAAAACAGAUAGUGAAAAUGUUCUGAAUAAGCUAGAAUCUCCAAAGCUAGACAAGCCAGAGAGAGGUACUCCAGUGAAACCGGCCAGAACUGGAACCAGAAACAGUAAAUCUACCAGCAGCCAGAAAACAUUUCAUCAGGACAAUUCAGCUGAACCAGUUCUUGGAUUUGAUGAAGAAUUUGCCAGUUUGUCUGAACAAAACUAUUGUGAGCAGGAUUUAUCCCAGGGGACAAACAUUUUAAUUUUCAAUGAUGACAGGGAUCAUUUUAUAUCUGACAGCAAUCGUACAAACUUUGAUGUAAAUCAAUUGGAUGGAUAUCCACUGGAACAUCAAACUUUCGAACAUCAUGCGUUUCAGGAAUAUCAGACCUUUGAAGAUCCUCCUAAUUUGGAGGAUGGAAACAUACCGGAAAUAGAAAGAGAGUCCAUUAUUAGAGAUUUCCAAAGACAGAAUUCAGGGAAUUAUAGAAGUUUUGAAGCUGAAGAACAUUAUUCAAGUUUUGAAGCUGAGGGAAAUUAUUCAAGUUUUGAAGCCCAAGCAAACAUGCCAAGAGAAAUGUUUCCAACUGAAUCACAAAGUAGGAGUCAUAUUCCUGAAAGGGGUGGUAACCCAGAAACUAAUCCUUUUCUGAACACUUUCUCUGAUGAAAUAUCAUAUGGAAAUACUGUUGGAUUAGAGAAUUAUUCAUCUGAACUACCCAAUAGAAGAUCAAACACCUCCCAUCAGCAUUCAGACACUUGCAGACAUGAAAGUCCAGUGCCUGCACAGGAUAACAAUAGACAUUCAAAAAAUGGUCGUUCAGCUGUUCUCAUAAGCAAAGGCCAACAGAGUGGGAGUUAUCCUCCCAACACUGUUAUUUAUUCGCACUGCCAGGGAUGUGGGAACUGUCAGAACUGUCGAGCAUCAAGAAUGAUUGACCACAUGGAAAAGCUGGCGGAAAGUGCUGGGUUUGACAUACACGAUGUCCUUCCUGACGGAAACUGCAUGUUUCGAGCAAUCGUUGACCAACUGAGAAUGCGCGGCGACCUGACAAUGACAGCUGGAAAAUUGAGGCAAAAUGUUGUUCAGUAUUUGAGAGACAAUCCUUGUAGUGAGGAUGGGACACACAUGCAGAUGUUCUUGCCAACUGAGAAGUGGGAUGAUUACCUCUCCCGUAUGGAAAAGGACGGAGAAUGGGGAGAUGAAAUGGCUCUAAGAGGAAUUUCAGAGGUGAUUAAACGACAGAUCAAAAUCAUCAGCGCUUUAGGAACGGAUCAACACAACCAAAUCACCAUACAACCUACAGGGGUCGAAUCCGACCAAUCGCAGGACUUGUUUCUGGGCCACAUGGACGACUACCACUACAUCAGUCUGCGCCCCCAAAAUUGGGAAGACACAUGGUUUGUCCGAGCCAGAGAAAGACGGCGACCAACUAAACAGAAGACUGACCAAUACGGUGAUGAUACAAUCCGAGUACGCGGAAUGGAUUCCCCAAUAGAACAUGGCUGUGUGGAUGACUACUUUGCUGACGACACUGCUGUAGAUUCUAUCAGCACGACACCUAUAGGUCAUCUGUCGUAUGUUCUGAAGAACGUCCUCAACACUAAGUAUCUGGUGGUCCAGGACCCACAGAUAUGGGACGAUAAGAUGGAGUCCCUUAACAAUCACCCUCGCUCAAGUACAGUCGCCCUGACGGUCGGAAGUGUGGUGGAGAAAUUUGCCGUUUCUGUACAGGAUAAGUCGCCAGUACAAAUCGGAUACUCAUUAAGGAAGGAUAAGAUAGCUUCAGCAGGAUCAAUGGAGGUCACUCCACAAGUACUGGUAGUAUAUCCCUACUACCGUAUCAUAAAACGAGAUUCAGAUCAAACGAGUUCACAGAAGGACAUGGUCAUGGAGACCAAUGGGCUGCAUCCGGGGUUUAUUCGACUCCAUUAUCCAAUCAAAUCAUCUACUCCGAGGACCAGUCAAGGACAGCUGUUAGUAAGUUACCUGCCAAAUUCCUAUUUGGAUGCAUCAAGUGUACGAAGGGAUCUUGGAAGUUUCCAAAUCCCACAAUUCCUGGAGGAGAAUCUUUCUAUCGGAUAUGCCCUGCAAGGUCAUUUCUGGCCUGAAUGUGCAUCUGAGUGGAAAAGCCGUGACCGACCUAGUGGCUGGCCAAAACCUGAAUUCAUAAAAAGUAUCAUUGACGAUGGAUUUCUUAUCAUUGCUGUCUCUCACCCACACAGCAACAAGCCAGAUUUGGAAUUUGAGAUAAGCUUUGCUAAGGCAGAGAAGUUGUUGGCAAGGAAAAACAUGACAAAGUGUCAACGGAACUGUUUUCAUAUUUUCAAAGUUCUGGUUGAUUUUCACACAAGACAAACACCAUUGCUGAGUACUAACUAUCUGAAGAUGGUCUUUUUCUACGCCAGUGAAGUUGUCCCUCGAAGUCAGUGGAGAGUAAACCCUGGUGCCGCCAUUUUGUACCUGGUGGAUCGACUUCUACAGUGCUUGAGAAUCAAGCAAUUGCCCCACUACUUCAUUCACAGCAAUAACAUGAUCGAUCAUUUCAGUGAUGACGCUUUGCAGCAAAUAGUCACCCACCUGGAGGCUCUUCGUCAGUUUCCAGUCACCGCUAUUGUUCUGCUUGCGGAGAGCCACGGACUGACCAGUAGCUGGAUGGCCGACCCAAUUAUAGAGGAUAUACCUGUCUUUACGGAGCACCGAGAUUUGCAGAAGUCUUUUGCGGAAGUGUUUAUACCGACAACUUUGAAAAAUGCGAUCAAUUACGUCAAGUACAUGAUGCUGCAGCCGGCCGCUGACGUCAUAAUGGAGGCCUACCGGGACAUGAAGAUGACCAGUGAGUCUAAACCGGGGUACGCCUGGUGUGUGGGCGAUAUCUUCGAGUUUAUACAUCAGAUUCUGUCUGAACUUCAUUUCUUCCAACAGUUCUGGCUCUGCCUUGUGUUAGAUAUGACUCACGGUACUUCUACUGUGAAGGCUCUCACGAGACGGCUGCCGGGGAAAACCAUCAAGGAGAUUCUAGGCAAUGAUGAAGAGGGUGAAUUGGAUAGUAUUCUUGUCCCAUUUUCUGUAAUGGAUAACAGCUGUGUCAGGUCAGCAACUGAAAGUGAAGCGGAUCCAGAACUCACUUUUUUACAUUCCCUAGCAACUCAUCUUGUAAAUAUGGAGAAGUAUGAGUUAUCUGCCCAUUACUUACGAGCAGCUGUGAGUCUGACGAGGCGAAGGAUUGAUGAAAUCACAAAAAACAGUAACUUUUCAUCAAAAUCAGGCGAAACGAGUGACAUUGAUCGACAGAGUCCGAAGCUUAACAGCUUGGAUUUCUCACGGCAACAUGCAUUGAAAAUGUAUCUUAACAAUUUCCUGGUGCAGUUGUUUAAUUCUUACCACUACAAUGGGCAGACCGAGCUGUUUCAGGAGUAUAUUGGGGACCUACAGGAAGUGUGUGACACUAUCUCGGCUCCGUACGCCUACAGGAACCUGUCCAGGAUUUGGGGGUACCUUGGCUGUGACGACAGGGCACAAAAAGCAGCCGACAGGAUGGAGGAGAUGUUCCAGCUGUGUGGGGUGUGAGUGUACAUCGAGGACACACAAAACUAGUGUUUACCAGGGUUACAUAUGUAUUAUAAUAGAUUGGAAUUUUGGACUGUGACAAAUAAUGUAAGGGCUAUUCCAGAAUUAACCAAAUGGGGGAUGGGUGGCUUUUCAUCCCCAUUACCCAUAAAUAUGAAUUUAUGAAAGGCAGUACCAUGCACAAAUUUUAAUUUUGUAGUGAGAUAUAAGCAAGCAAAAAAA